AUGAAAACCCCAAAAUCAAGUUACCAUUCUUUGGGCCUGCUUGAGUGUCAAAGAAUGUCAGAAUCCGCCGCCCCAUUGAAAAGAAGAAAUGUCAUCAGAACUGUGGUUCUAGGAAUAUUAUUCCUCACCACCACUGCAUUAUAUUACUCUUCACUAUUCAAAUUCUUCACCAAUUCAGCAUCAACGCCGCAAGAAUUCGUCCACUAUAAGCGAGAUCUGCAAUUCGAUCCACCGGCCGACCCUGGAUUUCUAAGGGUUCCAAGAUUAAGACAUCUUGUUUCCCACCCCAAAGUCUCGUCAAUUUCCACUGCCAAUUUAACCAGAAUGAACGCUUAUACCACCAGUGAUGACAUUAAGGAAGUAUCCCAAAUUGCCCUUCCUGCUCCAACGUACGGUACUCCGGUGACAUCCCAACAACUCUUCGAGCACGAAUUUGCAAAUUCUUAUGGUUACGUUCUCAACGCCCCGUAUUCUCCCCCAAGUAAUUCGUUCAAUCGAGUGACCCUUGAGCUUCACGUCACGUCACUGGGGGUCCAAUAUGAUAGAUUAUCUCAUUUGUUUCUUAAUGAUAUCCCACUUUGGAGACCUUCUACUGCCGAACCCAGCGGGCUGGAAAUUGAGUGGUCGGUGGUGAAAGACGUUAGUGAUCAUUUGCCAUUGUUUGAAGUUCAAGGGACCAUCAAGUUCGAAUUGGAUAAUAUUAUCGAUACCAGCACAGGGAUUAAUGGGGUGUUCAAUGUCACAAUUACUGCAUAUUACUAUGAUUAUCAAGAACAAACCAACGCGUUACUAGAUGAAGUAAAAUCCGAUUUAUUUGUCUUCGAUGGAGAAAACGUCACCGAUAAAUUGGUAGUUAAUAAUAAUUACACGAAAUCAUCAUCAUCAUCAUCAUCAUCACUCGCCAAUAACUUUUCGUUUUCCAUUGGCACUACCGCUCCUUCGAAAAUCUUCCUGAUGGUUACACCAUCAUCAUCCACCGGAUCACCUCUCUUGCUCCUUCCUGAUUCCAACUUCACCUAUUCUGUUCCUCAACUCUCCUCAAAUACCACCCGAGCAAAACUUCUGCUUUUCAUCAGUGGUAACGGUAAUGAAGAAUUCUGGUACCUGAAUAUGCUAACACCUUCAACACAAACCUGGCCGUCUGUUGGUUUCCUUGGUGCUGGUCCUGUCAGAGUAAUUAAAGUUUACUUAGACAACGAACUAAUCAGUGUCAGACUGCCACCACCGGUGAUAUACACUGGGGGAAUUGCUCCAAGUUUAUGGAGUCCUACUGUAGGGAUUGGUGCGUUCGACGUCGAGCCAGUGGAAGUUGAUUUGAGUAUCUUGUUACCGAAAUUGACCGCCAGUUCCACCAUCAAAGUCGAAGUGAUUGCUGGCAAGCAAACUGCAGGUGCUACAAACGAGGAAACCACCACUUUGGAGAAUUGGAUCUGCUCGGGAAGUUUGAUGGUUUGGGAAGAUUCAAAUGUUAAACAAAUCACCGGCCAAGUAAACACCAUCAGUUCCCAACCGGCAUCGCAACAAAUCACUGUGAAUACUCCGGAUUCCACCAGUUUGGACCAGACGGUCGGGUACGAAGCUACGGUGGAUUGUGAUUCGACCCUUCAAGUGGAACUCUACACCGGCGAGUCACAAACUUACGAAUUCAAGAGUUCUCAACAGGUGAAGUUCUACAAUGUUCAAACGUACCGGGCAUCGGGGUCCAACAGCACUUGUCGGUCGGAAAUCUCGAUGGUCGAUGAACUUACUUGUGAUGGCACCACCAACAGUUAUUCCAAAACCUAUUUGACGGUGGUCAACAUGAACGAUACCACUACCGAUAAUGGAUCGUCUGAAGUUAUAGCAGUGGUGGUUGAUCAAGGUAGUGACCGGACCAGACAAUUGGCCGGGAAAAAACAGUACCAAUGGAGUGAGUAUCAAAAUGGUACUGCACUGUUUGUAUUAAAAAGCAGUGGGAAUUAUGGGAGCGGGAAGACUGAUACCAUGGUAAGUUUGGUUGAAUAUGAUUCAGGUUUGAGCUAUCAUGAUUCCAAUUGA